UUAUUCUCAGUGCAUUUAGUGCAGAUGUAUGUCCGCCGAGUAGUCUAAAAAAGUUUGACUCAAAUGUGGCUAAACUGCUAACUAUUGGCAAUUCCGGGCGACGUUUCCCGGAAAAUAAGGGCUCGGAAUUGAAAAAGUAUUGCGACCAAAAUGAAAAGUUGAUAGGUGAUAUCGACAAGCACCGGGAUAAAUGUAUGAAUAAUGCGCCCAAACAAAUUGCCGGAGUGCUAUUAUAUACAGUAAAAGGGGCGGUUAAACAAUUUUGUAAAAAGAAAACUAGGCAACUGGACAACCUACUUAAGGCGGGUGCUUGUAGUAACGCGGCAAAUACCCAGGUGAAUAAAUGUUACACAAAAUUGAUCGAUAAGUACCUGGGUAUACAAAAUUCUCAGGACGAUAAAAAGAAAAUGCCAUGGUUAUGUUGCUCAUUUUAUGAGAUAUUAGAGUGCAUACCGCGCGAUGUACAGGGUGUCAAAAAGUGUACGCCUAUUGCCGUGGAUAGUAUGCUGGGAUUUAUUAGGUCAAUGACUGGCAAUAUUAUAGACAUGUUUUGCUCGGAUUAUACCGAGGGUUCCGAUAAGUGCGAAAAGCUAGUUUCUGUCCAUUCGGGGUCUGCCACCAGGGCCCCGGUGGAUGUAGAAAAGCCUACUGGUGAAGAUCGGCCCAACGCCGAUGAUGGCGCUCGUGAUCGGCCCGAUCCCCGGGCCGAAAACGACAGUUUGGGGACGGACGGCGAUGAGGUGCGAUUUUCGCUGACGGGAAAAUACGGGGGGUUUUUGGAG